CUAAUUGGGCCAAGGACGGAGUAAGAUGAGGCCUCCGGACGAGGAUCAAGGCUUGGCCUGGAGGUUAUAGACCGUUAAUAACGGUCAAUUCUCCAUAAAAGAAUCAUUUCCACCUCUUUUUCUCCGGAAUUUCCCCCAAUCACUAUCACCCCUCUCAAUUAAACAAAAAAAAAAAAAAAAUGAAAUCAAUGGAAUUAAAUUAAAGGAACUUUUCUCUCAUAUAUCAAAAAAAAAUCUUCAUACAUAUACGUACAUUUUUUUUUUUUUUAAUUCUUGGAGAAUAUUGGUGAAGAAUUAACCAGAAAGCUGAAGGAGAUCUCAAGUAUCCCAGCUUUGUCAUUUAACCUCAAGUCUAUUAUCUAUGUUCUCAAUUUCACAAAAUGUUCGAUUGUGGUUACAAGUCACAGUAUAUUGGUGGCCAAAGAGAGAAAUUUGUAAGGUUGGAUGACCUGGAUUCAACAUUGUCAGUGCCGUCUGACGGUAUGAAUAGAUGUGCAUUUAGUUUAGCAGGACUGACCCCUUGGGGUCGUCCUAACCGCCAUUCCUCCAAAUCCUUCAGAAUAGGAGUGAAAAGGGGUUCUGAAGGGCUCAGGCAUAUUGGUCGACAACUUAGAUCUGAAAUAACGAAGGCAAUGUUCCCGGAAGAUCUUAAAGUAUCUGAGAAAAAGAUAUUUGACCCUCAAGACAAAUCCCUCCUACUCUGGAAUAGGCUUUUCGUCAUAUCAUGUAUUCUUGCUGUAUCUGUGGAUCCUUUGUUCUUUUAUCUUCCUAUUGUCGAUCACCAAUCAAGUUGCCUUGGCAUAGAUCCCAACUUAGCUGUCACAACUACAACUGUUCGUACGAUAAUUGAUGCUUUCUACCUUAUUCGCAUGGCUUUCCAAUUUCGCACAGCUUAUAUUGCACCAUCAUCUAGAGUUUUUGGAAGGGGAGAACUUGUGAUAGAUCCUGCGGAAAUAGCUAAGCGAUAUUUACAGCGGUUUUUCUUCAUUGAUUUUCUUGCUGUGUUUCCCCUGCCACAGAUUAUAGUUUGGAAAUUUCUCCGCAAGGGAGAAGGCUUGGAGGUGUUGGAAACUAAACAGCAGCUACUUGUUGUUGUCUUUCUUCAAUAUAUUCCCAGAUUUGUCCGGUUUAUACCUCUAACUUCAGAACUAAAAAGGACUGCAGGUGUCUUUGCUGAAACUGCUUGGGCUGGUGCUGCAUACUACUUGCUGUGGUACAUGCUUGCCAGUCAUAUUCUUGGAGCUUUUUGGUACUUAUUUGCUGUAGAACGCUAUGAUGCAUGCUGGCAUAAAGCCUGUGUUGAGAGUGGGAAAUGUGAGGUUAAUUUUUUGUACUGUGGGAAUCAGCAUAUGAAAGGUUAUGGUGCUUGGCAAAAUAUCAGCAAGACUGUUAUUGGUAUGAUGUGUUCCCUUAAUGAUGACAAUCCACCAUUCAAUUAUGGAAUCUACACCCAGGCUCUAAGUUCCGAUAUUAUUGCCUCUGAGAGUUUCUUUACUAAAUAUUGUUACUGUUUAUGGUGGGGCCUACAAAAUUUGAGUACACUUGGACAGGGGCUACAAACCAGUACUUAUGCUGGAGAGGUUUUGUUUUCAAUAACACUAGCUAUUUUGGGGCUUAUCCUUAUGGCACUACUGAUUGGAAACAUGCAGACCUAUCUUCAAUCCCUGACUGUUCGGCUGGAGGAGAUGAGGAUUAAAAGGCGCGACUCGGAGCAGUGGAUGCAUCAUCGCAUGCUUCCUCAAGGGUUGAGGGAACGAGUAAGACGGUAUGAUCAAUACAAGUGGUUGGAAACAAGGGGAGUGGAUGAGGAGAGCUUGGUCCAGACUCUACCCAAAGACCUCAGGAGGGAUAUUAAACGCCAUCUCUGUCUCAACUUGGUUAGAAGGGUUCCUCUGUUUGCAAAUAUGGAUGAAAGAUUGCUUGAUGCCAUUUGUGAGAGGCUGCAACCGAGUUUAUUCACGGAAAAAACUUACAUAGUGCGGGAAGGGGACCCAGUAGACGAGAUGCUCUUCAUCAUACGCGGUCGCCUUGAGAGUGUGACUACAGAUGGUGGGAGGAGUGGGUUUUUUAACCGAGGCCUACUGAAAGAAGGGGACUUCUGCGGAGAGGAGCUUCUAACUUGGGCUCUGGACCCUAAAUCUUCUUCCAACUUACCAUCAUCCACCCGCACGGUGAAGGCUUUGACUGAGGUCGAGGCUUUUGCCUUAACAGCAGAGGAGUUGAAGUUUGUUGCAGGUCAGUUUAGGCGUCUCCAUAGUAGACAGGUUCAACAGACCUUCCGUUUCUACUCACAGCAAUGGAGGACUUGGGCUGCCUGCUUUAUCCAAGCUGCAUGGCGUAGGUAUUCCCGCAGGAAAAUGGCAGAACUCCGGCGUAAAGAAGAAGUGGAGGAAUAUGAAGAAGAAGAAGAAUAUGGUGAAGAAGACAAAGAAGCAAGGAGGUUAGUUGGGGAUGGUGGUGGUUCAUCCACCCUUGGUGCAACCAUCUUAGCUUCCCGGUUUGCAGCUAAUGCUCUUCGUGGCAUCCAGAGGUUCCGGAGCAGCAGUUCUACAGAGUUGUUUAAACUGCAGAAGCCUCCAGAACCUGACUUCACCAUUGAAGACACUGACUGAUUAAUCACGCUUUAUAUCAGCCCUCAUUUUACCUACUUACCUUCCCAUGCCUCUACCCAAUGUUUAUGCAUAUAUAUACCAUCCAUCCCAACCCCCAAUUGUAAAUUCUGUGUUUUAGUCACAACGGUUUAUCUAAUUUCGUUAAGUCUAUCUAUAAAAACCCAACUCUGUUUGGCAGACAGGAAACUGUACUCCCCUUCUAGCCACUUUGUUUAGGAGGAAAAAUAUCUGAGGCUCCACUCCACAUCAUGAAAAAGAGGGAACUAAACUUGAAGGAUGCAAAUUUUUCGUUCCUUGUAUAUUUAUUACUUUUACCACAUCUGUAAACCUUUGCCAAGAGAUAUAAUUGCAAUCAAUUUACCAGUAUCUUCUCAA